AGAUAACAGAGCAUUUUCAGUGACUGCCAAAAGACAUUGUUUUGCCUUUUGAGACAUUACUAUGAUUUGCAUUAAUUGAUAUUAAUAUGACUAUAACCACAAUGAUUCUGAGGAGAUGAGCACUCAUUACCAGUGCCAGGGAAAUGAGUGAAGUGACUGAGGCUCCUGGUCCCACAUGAGCCAGCUGGGGCUGGGAGCAAUGGGGCUGCUCUGUGUUUUGUCUGCCUGGGGCCAGGCUGCAAUAUGUGGGGUUUGGUGGGAUCUCCCCAGCACAUCAGGGCUGUCACAGGCCGGUUAUCUGUAAAUAUGUGGCUUGUGGCAGCUGUGCUUUGGAGAGAGCUGGGACAUGGGCAAUGCCCUCCUCUGCUGCCCAGCUCUCCUCUGGCUCUCCAAACUGGGAGGCAGCAGUUCUGCACCAGGACAGAACUAGGGGGAUGUUUUCCUUGCUUGCUGCCAGGCUACAUUUUGGGUUAAAUCUUAGCUGAUUUUGUGUUCCGAUGGAGUCGUUGUGUGGUGAUCAUCAUGCCAGCCAGAGCACUGGCACCUCUGAAGGACGUGCUGAGGUCGUGUUUGGCAGCAGCCCCCAGAACCCAACCCCCUCCCAGCUACAUCUGGAGCCCCUGUGCCUGCAGUAACACACUCCUCUGCUCUCUCCCCAGGAUUGACAAGACAAUGCUGGCCAGCCUGAAGAUCAAGAAACAGGAGCUGCUGAACAGCACGGAUGCGCCCGUCCCGGAGCGGCCGCUGUCACCGCCGCUCACGGCCCCGCCGACCAUGAAGUCGGCAGAAUUCUUCGAAAUGCUGGAAAAAAUGCAGGCACCAAAACUGGAAGAACAGAAGUCUGGAAGCCAAAAACACAAGGAAGACUACAUCCCAUACCCCAGCAUCGAUGAGAUCCUAGAGAAGGGCAGCCCAUACCCACUGAUCAUCCUACCCCAGUUUGGGGGAUACUGGAUAGAAGACCCAGAAAACCUUGGCACACCCACCUCAUCUGACAGCAGCAUCUGUGAGGAGGAGGAGGAAAACCUCAGCCCCAGCACCUAUGGCUACAAGCUGGAGUGCAAGGGAGAGGCCAGAGCCUACCGCAAGCAUUUCCUGGGGAAGGAUCAUUUGAAUUUCUACUGUACAGCCAGCAGCCUCGGAAAUCUGAUCCUUUCUGUUAAGUGUGAGGAGACAGAUGGCACAGAAUAUUUAAGGGUUAUACUCAGGUCCAAAGUGAAGACAUUGCAUGAAAGAAUUCCACUGGCAGGAUUCAGCAAACUCCCAAGUAUCCCCCAGAUUGCAAAGGCCUUCUGUGACGAUGCCUCUGGGCUGAAGUUCAGCCCGGUUCUCUACCCCAAGGCAUCCCAAAUGAUAGUGUCUUAUGAUGAGCAUGAGGUCAACAACACAUUCAAGUUUGGUGUGAUCUAUCAGAAGUUCAGGCAGACCCAAGAGGAGGAGCUGUUCGGUAAUAAUGAAGAGAGCACUGCCUUCAAGAACUUCCUAAGUUUUCUGGGAGACACCAUAACUCUCCAAGACUUCAAAGGUUUUCGAGGAGGCCUGGAUGUCAGCCAUGGGCAGACGGGAGUGGAGUCUGUGUACACGGUGUUCAGGGACAGGGAGAUAAUGUUUCAUGUCUCUACAAAGCUGCCUUUUACUGAAGGAGACACACAACAACUCCAGAGGAAGAGGCACAUUGGCAAUGACAUCGUGGCAAUUAUCUUCCAAGAGGAGAACACACCAUUUGUCCCAGACAUGAUUGCCUCCAACUUCCUGCACGCCUACAUUGUGGUGCAGGUGGAAAACCCUGAGGCAGAUAACACGGUGUACAAGGUGUCAGUCACAGCCCGGGAAGACGUUCCCUCCUUUGGUCCACCCCUGCCAAGCCCACCAGUGUUCCAGAAGAGCCCCGAGUUCCGGGAGUUCCUGCUGACCAAGCUCAUCAAUGCUGAGAACGCCUGCUGCAAGUCUGACAAGUUUGCCAAGCUGGAGGACAGGACACGGGCUGCCUUGCUGGACAACCUCCACGACGAGCUCCACGGGCACACACAGACCAUGCUGGGGCUGGGGCCUGAGGAGGACAAGCUGGAGAAUGGGGGUCAUGGAGGCUUCCUGGAGUCUUUCAAGAGAGCCAUCCGGGUGCGCAGCCACUCCAUGGAGACGAUGGUGGGCAGCCAGAAGAAGCACCACGGGGGUGGCAUCCCGGGCAGCCUCAGCGGGGGCAUUGCACACAACAGCGGUGAGGUGACCAAGACCACCUUCUCGCCUCCUGUCCCAGCUGCUGCUGCCAAGAACCAGUCCAGGAGCCCCAUCAAGCGCCGCUCAGGGCUGUUCCCUCGCCUGCACACGACUUCGGAGAGCCAGGCGGAGAGCAGGACAAGGUGUGACAGUGUUUCUGGAGCCCAGAAGACACCAGAUUUAGGACAUUCUUCCCAAGAGAUGAAAUCUGAAACCUCAUCCAACCCCAGCUCCCCUGAAAUAUGCCCCAACAAAGACAGGCCUUUUAUCAAGCUGAAAGAGAACGGGCGCUCGAACAUCUCCCGUUCCUCCUCCAGCACCAGCAGCUUCAGCAGCACGGCGGGGGAGAGCGAGACCCUGGAGGAGUACGACAGCGUGGGGAGCCAGCCCUCCACGGCCUCGCCCUUCAAGCAGGACGUGUUUGUGUACAGCGCUUCACCCGGCAGCGACAGCCCCGGCGUGGGCGCCACAGCCACCCCUGUCAUCAUGAGCAGGAGCCCCACAGCAGAUCCAAAGAACAGAAACUCUCCAAGGUCCAACCUGAAGUUUCGCUUUGACAAGCUCAGCCAUGGCAGCUCCAGCAUGAGCCACUAGCAGGAGGAAGUCAUGAAAUGAACUUGUGGAAUGUUUCAGCAAAGGGAAAACUCUUCAACACCCCAUGGGACCACGCAUGCCCCGGCCAUGGGCAGCGGGGUGCCCUCACCUGCUGGCUGCCUGCUACACCAGAAAAGAGCUCUCACCUUGCUACAGUCCUGUCCUGGCAGGGAGCUGCCACCUUCUCACCUGGUGCCCCCUGUCCAGCACACGCCCUGCGUGCAGGAGGGGACGUGUCCCUGGCUGUGCUGCACACGCGUGUGCCAGGGCCGUGUCCCCUUCUGGUGCUGUGCUGGGUCACCCUGUGCUUGCCCACACGUGCUGCAGCUGGUGGGCACCGUCCAUUCCCCUGUCCCCGGGUUGCCUGGUGGCUCCUUUUGGGCAGAGGGGAAGCAGGAGAGACCUCCACACAGUUUAGGUCCCUCCACGCUUCAUUUGCAGUUAUCAGUGGGAAACAGGGGCUUAUGUUUGUUUUUUGAAGGGGGGAGGGGUCAGGCCAAAGUUAGUGUUAGUGGCCCUGGGGCAAUUUGCAAUUGUUUGCUGUUCUCUUCUCUGGGGGCAAUGGGGCAAAACCUCCCUGGAGGAGUCCUGGGCAGUUCUCACUGGAGUGGGGUCUGCAGUGUCUCUCCAGGCAUCCCCCAGCUCCUACCUACACCCCAAAACCCUUGGGACAGAGGCAGCCCCUCACUCCAAACUUGCUCCGUUUCUUGCACAAGAGGCAGGUGAGUGACUUGGCCCAGGGAGUGGAGCUGGGGGCCACAGCCAGCUCAUCCUCCUUGGCAGGUUCUUCCUUCCUGCUUUGUCCCUGCCUGACACUGAGCACAGGCCUGGGAACAGUGACCCAAAGCUAAAGCUGUGGUCUGUCACAGCUUUAGCUUUUCUAAGUACUAGAACUGGAACCAGAGGGGAUUUACCUGGUGGGCUCUGCUUUGCCCUGUGGCUUGGAUCACCAGGCAAGCAAAUGCAUAAAACUCCAGUGAUUUGCGAGGCAUUAGGCUGCUCUAGCCCUUGCAGAGUCUGUCCUGCUGCUUUUGAGCAAGCUCUUGUUAUUCUGAAAGGAUUAUAGAUUCUGCAAGGUAACUUUCCCAUAAUGUGCUUUCCCAGAAAAUACCUCUCUCAACAUGCCAAGAAAUCCUUUUACUCCUUUAUGGAACUUCACGUGAAGUUUCCUGAAGCCUGUCCAUAGAUUUCACAUUGCUCAUAGAUUUCCCUUACCCAUUUUCUGGGAGACAGGCCACGAUGCUGCAGAGAUAUUCUCCCCCUGUCCCCACAGCCUGUGACCUUUGGAAACCCUCAUGAAAUCAGGUUCUCUGUCUCAAGUGAACACAGUUCUUUGAGUUUGUGAUUCCUGCUGAAAACAGGACUUUGAGUGCCAAAGUCACCUUCCCCCAGUGGGCGCUCCCAGGGGCACAGAGUACCUGACAGCCUGUCCAGGAGGUGGGUGCAGAACUGUGCCCCUGGAGCAGCGGCCAUGGCUGUGGCUGCUCCUGCUCCCCUCUCUCUGGGGCAAGUGCUUAUAGGAUUCAACCAUCACCUUCCCUCCUCCCUGUCAUCUCCCCAGGCCAGAGAUGAGCCAAGCCAAGCAGAAGCUGCUGUGCUCACCCUGGUCCUGCAGGGAGGUGCUCCCUGAGAGCCUUAUGACCCGGUUCACAUAGGUGCUCUGCUCGUGCUGUGAUUAAUCCAUGUGGGAAGGCUGUAGCUGUGGUGGGAGGGGAACCAGGUUAAAGAAGGAGAACAGUUGUGGAAAGGCAAGGAACAGUUUCACAGGCCCUAAGUGCUGUGUAGGACGAGUAAAUAUCAAUAACUCCCAUGGGGACGCUCCCUCCUGCUCCCAGCCAGUUGCAUUUCAAUAGAGUUUAAGCCUUGAGUUUCCUUUGGAAGAGGAGCAUGCAGUGUGCUCAGUCCAGCCUGUAGCUGUAGGUGCCUCAGGAUCACACAAAUUGCUGUUCAGCACUUGUCUGAUGAUGCUUCCGUAGCACUUUCUAAACCCAGCCCCAAUUCUCCUCUUAGAAGCUUUGGUCUGGUUUCCUGAGGCUGCACAGUGAAACACUGACUGGUGCAAUGACUUGCUCCCAGGGUGUGCUCUGGGUUUGCUUUUCCUCUGAGCAGUCACUUGGUCCUGUAGAUGUCAUCAUUCCUGUGGGUGUUGAUCUCCGUGAGAUCUUUCAGCAGAUGAUGCAGUGGCUACUGUCAGCUGGUUUGCCAUUUUUGGUUGUUUUGUUGCUUUUUUUCUUUUUCACUUGAAACUGUGGCUUUCCUUUUUGACCUAGAUUGAUUUGGGAAUUAUUCAAGUGGGGCUAACAGGCAGAACAGUGUGAAGCCUCAGGGAGAGUUCAGUGCUCUGGACUUGUCUCUCCUUUGCUGGAGCAGGAUGGGGCCGGGGUCUGGCACGAGGUUUGUGGCUCCCACGGGACAGUCCAGCAGCACUCCUCGCCAAAGGCCCAAAACCUGCUGAAACCCUUUCCAGCAGCUGGGGUUCGCUGCCUGAGCUGGUCCCGCCCGGCGUGUCCUGGAUUGUCCCGGGGCAGCUCUGGGCUGAGAAAUGCCCGUGCUACAUCCUGGCCACUUCUGCACUUCCAGCGGUGGGUGAAGGUGUUUCUGUAUAUAUUUUGCAGAAUGUUUUGUGCUUAUAAGUGACACUUAUACAUCUAUACAUAUAUAAAAGGGAGAUAUAUAUAUAUAUAUAUAUGUAUGUAUAAAAUAUAUAUAUAUAUAUAAAGGAAAGGAUCCUUAACUGACACUAGAAUUAUUGGGCAGUGCGUUUUCCUUUCUGAGUCCACUGUUUCCAUGCACACAAGUUGUGCCCUCCUCAGGAGUGACAUUGCAGGGGGAGCAGAGGGGGCUCAGAAACGCCUUAAGGGGUGAUGGGGAAGCCCCCACCGUGUGCGAGGGCUCUGCUGCUGGGGGCUGCUGCCCUUCCUUCCCUGCUGGCUCUCGGUCCUGCUUGCUCCUGCUGCAGCCCCUGGGCCGGGAGCAGUUCCUGGCCUGGGGCAGGCAGUGGCAGCUCAGCUGCAGCUCCACAUUUGGUACCGCUGGCUCCGGGUCCUUGUGCAGAGCCGGCUGGGACCCUUUUCCCUCCACCAGCAUCCCCUCACCAGCAUCCCCGCAUCGGGGCUGGUGUGCAGCUGGCAGAGGGCUGCUGCUCCGGCUGCGCUUCCAUUCAGGAGAGCACUUGGCACGUACUUGCAUCUUCUUGAAACCCCCCGGAGCCGAAGCACAACACAGAAGUGCUUUUUUUUUUUUUUUUUUUUUUUUUUUUUUUUUUCCCUGAGAGAAGCAGGGGAUCCUAAGCACAAACUCAGUUUCUUUGCAGAGUUUUGAGGCUCUUCAGGAAAGGCAGGUAAGGGGCCGUGCCCGGGGCUGGGAUCUCUGCUGCGGGAGAUGCUCGGUGCCGGUCCCCGAAGCUCGGGCACCUCGGCAGGUCCCGGCUGCGCUCUCGCUGCUCCUGCCGCUCCACCUCUGCCCCCCGCCCCAGCAUGCUGUCAUCGCCUUCACUGAAUGUAGCACUGCCUGUGUCCUGCGAGGGGAAACGCUGGAUUUAUAGCAGAGAAUGUGAAGAGAGUUUAUAGAGUGAAAAGAAAUCUUGAAGAAAUGUAUCUGACAAAGUUUAUUUUUGAUGUAGAGAGGCAGUGCUUUGUAGUUCCUGGUGACUUAUGUCUGUUGUAAAUAAUGUAUAUUUAAUUUAUUGCUAUGGUAGCAGAUUGUUAUGUAUAAAACUAAAGGUUCACAAAUGUAUAUUUUGUUGCUUAAAUGUGUCUUUGCAAAAUUCACAAUAAAUAACAUAUUUUGUGUCCAUAAACGUA